AUGAAAGCCCCCAUCUUAGUCAAUCAUACCAGUAUAAUAACUUCUGUGUUGAAAGUGGACUACAUUUCCUACCUGAGCAAUUUUGACCACUUGUACGAGAUCCCCAAGGAACGCAAGAAUGCAGAGUAUCGCAAGUAUCUUCACGCUCUGCUUGAUUACCUGCAUGGCUACAUCGCCCGAAUCAAACCACUGUUUGAUGUGAAUGCAGAGAUGGAAAAUGUCAUGAAAGACUUUAACGUUGCUUGGGAAAGCGGUUCGUUCCCUGGAUGGCCUAAAGAAACUGGCAGUGUGUUGACCAAUGUCGGAGCACAUCUCGAUCUAUCAGCGUUCUCGUCUUGGGAAGAACUGGCCUCUCUGGGGCUUGAUAGGCUGAAGUCUGCUUUGAUGGCCUUGGGUCUCAAGUGUGGAGGAACGCUGGAAGAAAGAGCACAGAGGUUGUUCAGUACAAAGGGAAAGAAGGCCCUGGACCCAAACAUGUUUGCCAAGAGCAAGCCUAGCAAGAGUGGCAGAUCCCGGGACAACGAGAGACAAAGAGACAUUGCAUCGCUGGAAGCUCAAGUGUACAGGUUGUCAGAAGUAGUGAGUGAGCAACGAAUGGCAACGAAGGAGAAUGUACAGCGUAAGCAGGCACGCACUGAAGGUGAGAGAGAUGAUUCGGAUGCAGAAGCUAGUGCCUCUGAUACUGAUGAUGAGGACGAGGAUGGUGUCCCAUACAACCCCAAGAAUUUACCUCUUGGUUGGGACGGCAAACCCAUACCAUACUGGCUGUACAAGUUGCAUGGCCUCAACAUCAGCUACGUCUGCGAGAUUUGUGGCAACUUCACAUAUAAAGGACCUAAAGCUUUCCAGAGACAUUUUGCUGAGUGGCGGCAUGCUCAUGGGAUGAGAUGUCUAGGCAUCCCCAACACUGCUCACUUCGCUAAUGUUACCCAGAUUGAAGAUGCACUAGCUUUAUGGGAGAAGCUUAAGGUACAAAAGCAAGAAGAGAGGUGGCAGCCGGAGCAAGAAGAGGAGUAUGAGGACUCUCUGGGGAAUGUUGUGAACAGGAAGACAUAUGAAGAUCUCAAGCGACAAGGCCUACUGUAAAGUUCCAGGAUGAUGCUGAAAUAUUUCAUUUAUAGUGAACAAUGAAAUGGAGAACAUACCUUAUCACUCUCAAAGAUAUUUGUUAGAAUAAUGAUUAAUAACUUGGAUGUAUUUAGUCUUAAUAAUAAUAGAAAAUUAUUGUACAGUUUUGUAUAAACUUAAGUAUCUUUUGUUUUUAAUACUAUUUCAUUUUGCUGCAUCAUUCAGAAAAUGUAAUACAGUUUUGCGAUAAAUGUUUGAGUUAAUUGUGUAAAGUCUUAUAAGGUAAGGUUCUUUAUAAGGUUUUUAUAAAAACAACAUGGUUCUGCACAUCUCAAUAAAAAUCAUUCUUCCUUGUAUUUUUAAUAUGAAAAAGGAUUAAAUCUACAAAGAUAAUGAUUUAAUAAAAAGAUUUUCUAUAAACAUAAUAAUUUAUUUACAUAUAAAACUAUAAGGUUAAAACAGC